AUGACAUUAAGCUUAUCCAAGGUCAAAGACGAGUACUUUCAGCGUCUAUUCAAGUCUAGUGAUGUCAAGGGAAUUGGCCAGAAUCAGCUAAAUAACGAGACCUCAACAAAAAGGCCCAAGGUCUUGCUUCUCGACAACUACACCACCACCGUGAUUUCCACAUGCUACUCUCAGUCACAGUUGCUAGCAAGCGACAUUGUGCUAAUAGAGUUGAUAGACUCGUCGAAGGAUCUCUCCACAAUGAAGCACUUGGACUGCAUUGUCUACAUCAAGCCCUGCAGCGAGUCCUUCCAGCUGCUCCUCGCGGAACUACGCUCGCCCCAUUAUCGAAAGUAUGAGCUAUAUUUCAACAAUACAACCAGCAAAAUUCAGAUAGAGCAAUUGGCACAGGCUGACGAACACGAAGUUGUCGACAAAGUUGUCGAGCUAUUCCAGGACUAUUCAACGUUGAAUGACGAUCUUUUCUUGAUCAACCCUUCGACGCAAGCAGUGAACCCCAUACUACAAGAAGCCGAGAGUUUAGCCAGCUUGCUUCUUUCGUUGAACAAGACGCCCUUGAUCAAGUUUGAGACCAACUCCAUCGAGUUGAAGCGGCUCGGGUCGGAAAUCUUGUACAAUAUAAAUUCCAACUCCAACAACAACCUCUUUGACGACUUGAAUAGAAACUCGGACGCGCCGCCGAUCCUAUUGUUGUUGGACCGAAAGAAUGACCCCAUCACCCCUUUGCUCCUGCCCUGGACGUACCGGUCAAUGAUCAACGAGUUUUUGAAAAUCGACAAGAACGUGGUCAAUUUGAAUGGGAGCCAGGUGGUUCUCUCCGAGGAGGACCAGUUCUACUCAGAGGCCAUGUAUUUGAACUACGGCGACUUGACCGAGAAGUUCAAGCAGUACGUGGAGAAGUACAAAUCCGAGACAAAGCAAAGCUCGAUUGAUAAUCUAACGUCGCAGAAUUUGGCAGAGUUGAAGAAAGUGAUCACCAAAUUCCCCGAAUACAAAAAGUUUUCCGUCAACGUGUCGACCCAUUUGAGCUUGAUCAGCGCCAUCGAUGCCCAAAUUACGCAAAACCUGUUGUGGGAGAUUGGAGAAUUGGAGCAAACCAUAAUUGCUGAGUUGGACCAGCAACUGAACAUCAAGCCGAAAAUUUUGCAGAUAUUGGAGAGUAGGAAAGCUUCCACUGCCAACAAGAUCAAGUUGAUUUUGCUCUAUUCCUACAAGUUCCACAAUCCAACCGACCUAUCCGUUUUCAUAACGAAGCUCAACAACCCCGAGUUGACGUCUCCGCUCCCCACCUUGAACCAGCUCGAGUUGUUGAAAAAAUUCGCCACGCUAUACGACACCAGCAAUAUACAAGCGGGCCAGAGCCAGCAACAACAACUGCAAGGGUUGAGUAACAUUUUCGCUAACAAAAAGGUGAAUAUCCAAAACAUUUUCAACAGAAAUACCGGUGUGACCAACGACAACAUCUUUAUGCAGUAUACACCGAGGUUGAAUGGCGUCUUGGCCAAUUUAAUAGAUCCCGAGAACAACAGCAGCAAUAACAACCAAGCACUGCGCAACAGCUUGUCGACUUUGACUCCAGACAGAGUCAAACAACAAUAUGGAACAACAGCGACAACAACUUCAAAAUACACUGCACGUGACAUUAUAGUGUACAUCAAGGGAGGCGCCACCUAUGAGGAAGCAAGAUUAGUUCACGAGCUCAGUCAAAACAACAAGCAUCUCAACAUCAUCAUUGGAGGAGACGCAAUGUUGAACAGCUCGCAGUGGCUAAACAUCAUGUGCGAUACAGUUGCGCGAAACGAGCACGAGGAUCAUGACAAUGAUGACGACGCCAAAGCACAAACUCGCGGAACUGCCGCAGGUCAGAAUAGGCAGGAGAUGCUCCGUGAUAUCUUGUAA